CCGUGGCCCGCCUUGCCCGCCUCCCACAGCUUUCGUCAGGUUCAGGGAAACGGAGCCCAGGCGGGGUAAACGUCGACCCUUCAGUCGGCGUCAGUCGCACAAGAGAGGGGAAAGGCCGUGUCAACGACUGUGCCGCCGAUCUCCAGCAUAGACAGAGACUCGGAGUCUCAGAGUCUCGCUCCCACAGAUUACGCCGCCGUUGGAUGCGCCUGGCGGCAGCACCAAAGUUACAAGCUACAACCAACGAUCCCCGCGCAAUACGAGCCCCCCAAACCGUCCAGUCCAGUCCAGGUCGACCUUUCCUUUGCCCUGGCCUCGUCCUGCCUUGUCUGCCCUGGCCUUGCGUAGUCUUUGGCCUUCCCUGCCUGCCUUGCUUUACAGCCCUUGCCUCGUCCUCCAGCGCAAGCACGACGCAAGCACGCAAGCACGCAGCAUCGACAGGCACCCAAACGGUCCACGGAUACUGCGGUAGUGCAACAGCAAGGGGGAAGCCGUGAACGACUCGCGCACCGUCUCGUCUCGGACACUUGCCCCGGACCUUGUUCUCUCUACGAAUAUCCGUACUGACUCUCUACGGAUACUUGUGGCUUCGCUGCGCUCUCGGUUCUGUUGCACUUCUGAACCACAGAUCAGCAUCUCUCGUGUUUUGAUCUUCCGACAGCCGCACACCUCGAGCCGCCUUUUGAUCGUACGCAUCAUCGCUGCGACUAUUUUGAACCCUCGCAUCUAGCCCAGGGCUCGACAUUCAACUUCCCGACAGCCGACGCGCCAACUACUACACGCGAUACCGCGCUUAGGACGAUCUGUUCUCUUACGUGCACCAGUCCCUGCAGCGUCAUCCGGAUCCCGGACACACUCCAGCGCCCCCGUCAACGACGAUCCAGCUUUACAGUCAACUUGACGUGAUCUCAGCCUGAGCUUCGCUUCACUUUCGACGGAACGGUCACCACGUCAUCCGUACUUGGUUCCUUCCGUUUUACGCGUUUUACGGAUCGCACGUCUUUUCAGAGAUACUUGCACAUCCCCUAAACUACAAGCCUCUAUUUCAUCAACCCAAUCGCCUGGCUCUAUCCUCUAUCGUGGAUCCCUUGCGAUUCGUCAUCGAUCUCAAAGCUUCAAGAUAGCGCGGCCUCGAGGCACGGCACCUCGUUCCUCCGUCGCAUCCCCAAUCGCACCCAAUGCCGCGAUCUAGUUUCUCAGAUAACCCCCUGCUGCGGGUAUCGCGGCCUGUAUCGGCCUGCUCGCGAUGUCGAGCUGCAAAAGUCAAGUGUGAUGGCAAGCUUCCAGCCUGUACUGCCUGUGAGAAGGCAGGCCGCGAAAAUGAGUGCUCCUCGGCCAAUGACCAGUUCGCCAGAGGCAAGGAGAGAAGUUAUGUAGCAGCUCUAGAGCUUAGAGUUGAAAAGCUAGAGAAGCGGUUGGCAUUUGCGAGAUCGCGCAAGGCAUCGGUCAAUCUCCACGAUGUCGAUGAAGCGACGGCGGCUCCUGCUGACCGCAAGGACUCUCUGGCCAAUAUUCGAGCUGCGAUUCACCGGAAAGCCGCCCGUAAGAGGGAGGACUCGGACGUUAACGCACUCGUGUCUGACUUUGGCUUCUUAUCCGUCAACGCAACAACUCGCGAUUUUGAACCGUCCGUGAGCGGCAUGACGUUCGCCCGCCUGGUGCUGGCUGCCGCGACUAACGACGAGGUACCGGAUCCGACGGAGGACAGUUUCCCAACCAGAGCAGAGGCCUUCGCUACCGUUCAGUAUUACAUGGCCAACAUCUACUCACUGUUCCCGUCCUUCUCGGAGACUCACUUACUUACCGUCUUGGACGAUGUCUAUCAGCAAGACGAAAGAGUCAAGGACAGGCUCAAGGAUGCCGACUUUUGGCUACUGUACAUGGUUCUCGCUAUUGGAUACGCGGCCCAGAGCAGGGACAAAAACGAUGACUUUUCUCGCCGCGGUCUAGACUUUGUCGCUCGCGCCUUGCCUUUUGCUGACAAGGCACUGAUGCCUGGAUAUCCAAGCCAGAUUCAGUCGCUCAUCCUCUUCACGCAAUACUCAAUGCUCGACCCUGGCCAUUUCGACAGCUGGUAUCUGAUAGGAUUCGCGAGUCGUGCUGUGGUUGACUUGGGAUUCCAUCAAGACCCGCCACAGCUCCAGGUUCCCGAUAAGGCUGCUCUCGACCUUCGGAGGAAAAUGUUUUACUGCGUAUAUGCACUUGACCGGAUGAUCAGUAUGGUUCGCGCCCGAUCCUUCUCAUUCACAGAUGAUUCCAUCAAUGUCGAGUAUCCCAGCAACUCUGGCUUGACUUCUGGGCCGAUCACUGGCCCUCAAUCAGCAGACUCGGCUUUAGUCUUGUUCCAGCUUCGUCGACUCCAGUCCGAAUGGUAUCAGACACUAUUCCAGGGAGACGCAGCGCCACUUUCAGAUGCUGCCUCCUUCAUUUGGCAGAUGUGCCUGGAAAUGAGAGAGUGGCACGAGUCACUGCCUGAUAACCUCCCCUCGGGCAUCCGCGAGUUCUUCGAGCUCGAGCUGAGAUACAGUUACAUCCACUGCCUUGCGCCUAGCGAUCGCCAGCCACACCUGACUGACUACACCCGCAAACUCAUUUUCGAACAUGCCAUUGCUUACAUGAACACCAUUCACAGUGUCGUCCAUGGCUCCGUCAACACGGCAUUUUACUCCUCCCUGGACGCUCUCAAGGUCUUUUUCGUGGCAACACAGUUCUUUGUCGUCUUCAAUGACAAGCGUGAGCUACUUAUAUCGGAGCAAAGAAUCAUUCCGCCUAUCACUCGUCCAGGCACAGCACCUCCGCCACCUCUACCGCAUCGCCCGGCUGGUGGCGAGGAUAGUUUGGACAGAAGCAUGCGAUGCUUGCAGCAGGUUGUGGAAACACUUGCAAGAUACUCUCAGCGAUGGGACAUUGCGCUACAGCUCAAGACUACAUUUGAAGGGUUGUCAUCAGAGUUGUUUUCCUGGCUUCAAGUACGUCGGCAGAUGAGAGAGCAAGGACAGCUGCCUCAACAACACCAGCAACAAAUGCAGCAGCAGCAUCAGCAGCAAUCGCCUCAUCAACCGCAGCAGCAGCAGCAACAACAACAUCAACCACAACAACAACCACUCUACCACCCGCACCAACAGUCUUCACCUAUACCCCAUGGUCCCUCGCCGCCGCUUGGUCAACACCCUCAACACCCUCAACAUGCCCAACAUCCGUCCUACCCUCCUCAUUCCCAUCCUCAGGCCCUCAUGGGGCAACAGCAGGUGUCGAUGCAAAGCAUGAUGCAGCAGCAGCUUCAGGGGCAACCGAUGAUGCAAUACAGAUGGGUCGGCGAUGGGGGCGGGCAGAUGAUGCCUGGUCCGCCGGGGCAAGGCCCACCGAUGUGA